ACCUCCCACCUCAAAUCCCAAACAUGUUUCCUCCUAUUGAUCAUGUAGAAGGAGGAGAUGAAAACCAACCUCACAACUCACCUCACAACUCAGCUUCAACCACCAAUCAAGAUGUAGUUACAGCUCAGCUUGCUGCUAUACAACAACAGUUUGCUCCACAGCAAGACCCUCAACUAGUUCAGCAUGCUCCUGCUCUCAGCGCUCCACCUCUACACCACAAUACUAACUCCAUACCCCAUCCUCUAAACAUGAACAUCACAUUGGAACCUUAUCCCGCUGGCUUCAAAAUUCCUCAGCUCGAGACAUAUGACGGGACAAAGGGCCUCGAUGAUCACCUCCAUGCCUUCUAUUCCUGUAUGCAAGCUCAGAACGCCUAUAAUGCCUUAAUGUGUAAGAUCUUUCCCUCCACUCUUCAUGGUAAUGCCCAAACUUGGUACUAUAGUUUGCCCCCAAGAUCUAUUAGCUCCUAUUCAGAAAUGGCAUCUGCUUUUGCCAUAAAGUUUUCCAACAGAAGGUUGAUAAGGAAAACCACUUUUGAACUAAUGCGAGUCAAGCAGAGGGACGGAGAAUCUCUGAAGAAUUACAUGAGUCGGUUCAACGAUGCAAUUCUUGAAGUCAGCUUCUUCAACCAAGCCGUGGGAAUUGCGGCUAUAAUUCAAGGUCUCCAAUAUGAAAGAUUCAGAGAUAGCUUAAUCAAGUAUGCUGCUGCUACUUUCAAUGAGGUUAAUGAUAGAUCGUUGAAAUUUAUAACUGCUGAGGAAUAUGCUUUAUCUCAGAAGCCAGUUCCUCCUAGAAACAAAACCCAGAUUAGAGAGAUGAGGAUCAAGAAUAAGAUGGAUUUGAGACGACCGGGACCAAUGAGAAGCUAUGCUGCUACACGAGAUCAUGUCAGAUACUGUGAUUUUCAUCAAGAUCAUGGUCACACAAUGGAGCAAUGCAAUAGUUUGAGAGAUGUGAAGCAUCAAAACCGAGCUCAGAAAAGAAAGUUUAACGAUGCUAAUUGGAAGAAUCAACCCGUCACUUUCACAUCUACUGAUUUUGAUACAGUUGUUACACCUCACAAUGAUCCUCUGGUCACUUCUGUCAUGAUUAACAACUGUGAGAGGUAUGAUGGUUCUAUCUAUAGAUUCAACAACCAACUUGUUCAAGUCGAAGGAGUCCUCACUUUCAAUGUUGCUUUUGGGAGCGGCCGAACUUAUGUUACCCCUUUAGUUUGGUUUCUAGAUGUUAAAAUGGCGUCCUCCUUUAACAUUGUUAUUGGCCGACCCACAUUAACCAAAAUCCAAGCUGUGACUUCGACAGACAUGCUAGGAAUCCCGACCUCGGUAUCCCAACAUAAGCUCAGUACCAAUCCAUUGAAGAAACCAAUAGCCCAGAAGCGACAUCUCUUCGGGGGGGAGAAGCUUCAAGUUAUAAAGGAAGAGGUAGAGAAGUUUCUACAAGCUGGUUUGGUCAAAAGAGUUGAUUAUUGCGAAUGGGUGGCUAACCUAGUGCUGGUUAAAGAAGCAAAUGGCAAAUGCAUUGACAAACUGGUUGAAGCAGCUUUGGGAAAUGAGAGAUUAAGUCUCUUGGAUGCAUAUUUUGGGUAUCAUCAGGUGUCGAUGGCUCCGGAGGAUGAAGAGAAAACCUCGUUCUAUACUAGUGACGAAAUCUAUUGUUAUGUAAUGAUGCCAUUUGGCUUAAAGAAUGCAGGUGCUACUUAUCAGAAAAUGGUGACCAUUGUCUUUCGAGCUCAGAUCGGUAGGAAUUUGGAAGUUUAUGUUGAUGACAUUGUGGUAAAGAGCCUAAAUGUAGAAGAUCAUCUAACUAAUCUUGAUGAAACUUUCAACAACCUCAGAAAGAAUAGAAUGCGGUUAAACCCAACCAAAUGUAUCUUUAGCGUGGAGUUUGGGAAAUUUCUAGGAUUCAUGGUUUCCCGAAGAGGGAUUGAGGUCAACCCAGAAAAGAUCAGAGCAAUUGCCGAGAUGGAACCGUCGAAAUCAAUGAAAGAUAUACAGAGGUUAAUUGAAAGAGUGGCAGCUCUUCAUAGGUUCAUAUCGAAGUCAAUAGUUAAGUGCUUGCCAUUUUUCAAGAUCAUGAGAUUAGCUGCCCAGAAGGACGAAUCAAGCAAACAGAAGAAGUUUGAAUGGAACCCGGAAUUCCAAGCCGCAUUAGAGGAGCUGAAGUCUUAUCUUAGCUCACCACCCCUACUGACUAAGGCUAUAGAUGGAGAGAUUCUCUAUUUGUACCUUGGAAUUUUAGACAAAGCAAUUAGUUCAAUUUUGCAAAAGCUAGAGUGUUCCGGAAGAUUAGUUAAGUGGGCAAUAGAACUGAGGGAAUUUGAGAUAACAUUUCAGCAGAGAUCUGCAAUCCGAGCUCAAGCACUGGUAGAUUUCAUUGUAGAAUGCACUCCAUGUCACUUAACCCUUAAUCCCAAGCCCAACGACUGGACCUUAUAUGUUGAUGGAGCAUCUACUAGUAAGGGUUCAAGAGCUGGUGCUCUCUUAAUUGGCCCAAAUGGAUACCGAAGUGAGCAUGCUCUGAAAUUUAACUUCGAUGCAACAAAUAACAUGGUUGAGUAUGAAGCUCUGCUACUUGGUUUGCAACUAGUAUUGGAGUUGAAAGUCAUGAUGAUACGAUUAUAUAGUGACUCACAGCUUGUGGUUAAUCAAGUUAACUUAAUCUACGAAGUCGUUGAUCCUGUGAUGAUGAAAUAUGUAGCUCUGGUGGCCAAGCUGAACUACGGGAUCAAAUUACAGUUCACCUCGGUUUACCAUCCGAAGUCCAACGGUAUGGUAGAAUCUGUUAAUAAAGCCAUCUUAGAAGGAAUAAAACUGAGGUUGGAACAGCACAAGGCCAAGUGGGCAGACGAGCUCAACAACAUCCUUUGGGCAUAUAGAACUACGAGCCGAACUACAAGCCGAACUACCACAGGUGAAACACCCUAUCACUUGGCCUUUGGUACCGAAGCAGUCAUUCCUAUUGAAAUAGGAGUCCCAAGCUUCAAGGUCACCCAUUUCGAUGAAGGACGAAAUGGACAACUGCGUCGAGGAAACCUUGAUCUGCUUACAGUAGUCAGAGAAGAAGCAAGGCUUCGAACUCUUGUAUACAAGCAAAAAUUAGCCAACUUCUACAACAAACGAGUCCGCCCUCGAACAUUCAAAGUAGGAGACCUUGUUCUCAGAAAGGCUGGCCUAACAGGGUUUGAAACUCGUUUUGGCAAACUAGCCCCAAACUGGGAAGGCCUUUACAUAGUGGCCGAAGUGCCACAUCCUAGUUCUUAUAUCCUCCAAGACGCCGAAGGGAAGCGGAUUCCUAGAGUCUGGAAUGUCAAUAAUUUGAAAAAAUUUUACCCUUAAUAAAUUCUUUUCAAGUGAUCUAUGUUUGAUUCUCCUUUAUACUUGUUACUUUUUGAUUAUUGAGCUUCAUUUUACCUUUUAUUCUGUAUAUUCGAUGUCAAUUUGUUAAGAAUUCAGUCCUUGAACUUCACUUUUAUUAAUAAAUGUCAUGUCACAUA